AGAACUAUUCCUCAUAUAGCUUUAUUAUUAUUGCAGUGGGCAAGCUACUAGUACAUAGGUUUUAGUUCAAAAUGAAUUGAUGCUUGGUAUAGUCUUGUGUCUUAAUCCCAGAUUCGAGCAUAUCCUUUUUUUAAGGGCCAUGGUUGGAUGCAUGACAUAUAUAACAUGUAAAAUGGUUCAGGAGGUGCUCCAUUAGGAGAUAGCCAAUGCUGAAAAUCAUUGAUCAUCUAAGUUUCUGUCUUGAUAUAUCAUUUUUUUUUCUUAUUGAAAGGAAAAAUACAGUAUUGGUGGCUUGUUAUAUGAACUAGCGAAGGGCUGAGAGAUUUAACCAUGUUGAGGGUUAUAGGAUACAAGAUCAGUUCAAGGGUCAUCACCCUCCUGUACACAUUCCUUUUAGAAUGUCUAAUCUAUACUCUGUCUCUGUGCAUACCCAUGCAUAAGUAUCAUCCAUCCACAUUACAGUUAGUUUGGGUCAGUUGUAUAGUAGGAAAGCCUGCAAUUCAUGGUUCUGCCGACCUCGUUCUGGAAGAUGGAUAUACAGUGCGCACAGUGUUCGAUGGUAACAAGCUUGAGAUAAACCCUCACUCCAUCCUCCCUCGAUACGGAUCGUCCGAUUUCAUCAUCCUCGAUUCGUCCAAGAGUGUCUUCUACACUGUUUCCUCUCCCCUAUCCCAAGAGAGUGAAAUUAAGCGGUUAUCCGGCAGUAGCGCCGGAUUCUCGGAUGGCGAUUCGGCGUCGGCCACGUUCAGUAAGCCGCGAAGCUUUGCGGUUGAUCUGAAAGGGAAUGUUUAUGUCGCCGAUCAGAGCAAUGGCGUUAUUCGGAAGAUCACCAACAGAGGCGUGACUACCACAAUUGCUGGAGGUUACGCGCAGAAGACGGGCAAAGUGGAUGGGCCUGCACAGAAUGCUUCCUUCUCUAAAGAUUUUGAGCUGGUUUUUGUUCCUGAAAAAUGCGCGGUGCUGGUCUCGGACCGUGGGAGUCAAUUGGUUCGCCAGAUUGAUCUGAAGGUGGAGGAUUGCCGUAGGAGCCCUCAAUCUGUAUUAGGAGGGGCCUUCCUUUGGGUUCUUCUGGGACUUGGAGUUUCAUGUUUAGUUGGCUUUAUUGUUGGGAUCAUAAGUCGUCCUUAUGUAAUUCCUCAAACAGGAAGUCUUCUGCCCACUCUUUUUCAGCGAGACGUGGAAGCAUUGCCUAAUCCAUCUGGGGAAACAAGUACUGAUGCUCUGCUUCGACAUCAGAAGCGUAAUUGCUAGCUCCAUGUUUUAUGCACUCCUAAGGAGGCUCAUUUCGUUGAGCUUAUCCCAUCUUUCUCUCAUGUUCAGAAUAAAUAUUGUAGAAUCUCAGUUUUCACGGAAGGAAUCUGUAUCCUUGCUUGAUUCUGAUGACUCAUGUAUUAGUGAACCAACAAUACCGCAAAUGUUUGAGGACCAGUUGAAGGAUUUGGCAAGCUUUGAUAGAAGCUUGCAAUUACCAGACACAAGCAGUAAAAUAUUCAUGCAGAAAAAAUCACAUAGGUUUGCAGAUCAAUUGGAGGACUUGUUGACUUUUGAUGGAAGCUCAGAAUUAUCAAAUACGACUGACAGAAUCUUCAAGGAAGGAGAUGAUGAUCAAGGAAAGAGAGAUAUUUCACCUGAAACCUGUGGAAGGAUAGAAAGCAUGAUAGAGGCUAAUUUUAUGGGUUUUGUGGAGCAGGCUAAAGUUACCACUCCUGUGGAGUUGUGUUCAUCAGGCAAUACAGGUUUAGUCAAGAGGAGAUGAAAGUGGUUAAUGGCUCUGUCCAUGUUGAAUCCCUUCUCUUUACUUGUGUGAAGUGUUUUAAAUUUCUGAACAUGAUUAUGCUGCUUAAAUGAUAUGUAAAUAGUUGGAUUUUCCGCC